UGCGACGUGAUGGGAAGGUCGCCGCGACGCAUGCCAAGCUCGCCACUGCUCGAGGAAGGGACUUGCGCCCAGCGCCUGCCGUCGCCGCAGCCGCUGCUCAAGCGGCCAAGCGUCGAGACGCGGAGCCCGCAGCGGCGCAAGUCCGUGCAGCGCUCGGCCGUCGAGACGCCCCGCAGCCAGUGCGCGCUGGACCUCGCCGAGGUCUCGGCCGAGGUGUGGCUCAUCACGACGCUGGCCGCCAAGCUCCUCUGGGCGCUGCGCGUCUCGUACAAGUGGGUCGCAAUGUUUGUGAAGCUCCUCACAUUCUCGUGCCUCCUUGCGCCGGCGUUCCUGCGCAUUCUGUACUUUUGGCUCUAUGACGUACGCGUGCACAAGAAUAUUCGGUAUGGCUGCCAAGCCCGCAACCUCCUCGACAUCUACAUGGUGCCCGAGCCCAAGGCCAAGAUGCCGGUCGUGGUCUUCCUCUCGGGCGGCGCGUGGAUCAUUGGCUACAAGGCGUGGGGCGCGCUUAUGGGCCGAGUCCUCUCGUCCUAUGGCAUCCUCGUCGUGACGCCCGACUACCGCAACUUCCCGCAGGGCAUCAUUCCCGACAUGAUGGCCGACAGCAACACGGCGAUUGCCUACGUCUUUGAAAACAUCCACCUCUUUGGCGGCGACCCGGACAACAUAACGGUCGUGGGCCAGUCGGCCGGCGCGCACAUUGGAGCGCUCGUGCUGCUCGAGAGCAUCGAGCGUCCAAGCUUUGCGACGUGGUCGCCGUCGCGCCUCCGCAACUUUAUCGGGAUCUCGGGCCCGUACAACAUCCAAGAGUCGAUCGAGCGAUUCCACGAGCAUGGCCUCGACCGCCGCGUGCUCGGACGCAUCAUGGCCAACGACAUUGCGCACCACUCGCCCACUGACCGCGUCGUCCGGCUGCCGCCACAAGCCGCGGCGCAGCUGCCCGUCGUGCACCUCUUCCAUGGCACGGCCGACACGACCGUGCGCUGGGAGUCGACCAAGAAGUUUGCCGACGUCCUCACGCAGGCCGGCGCGACCGUGCACGUCAAGUACUACGCCAACAAGACGCACACGGACCCGAUCAUUGAGGACCCGAUCGAAGGCGACGAUCCGCUUUUGAACGACGUCAUUGGCAUCAUCCGCGACUCGAGCCCGCCGUACUCGCCGAAGCUCUCGACGAGCUUCCAGCCGCCGCAUCGGCUGUGCCCCAGCUUUCUCGUUCGCUGCGCGCGCAGCGUCAACCCGUUCUAG